AUGGAUAUUUCAGACAUUAUUAAUGAUCAUAAAGACGUAGAAACAUACUAUGCAAGUGAUUUUUUACGAAAUGCUCAAGAUAUUGAGGCUUUUCCAACGGGUAGUGAUUUCGAAAUUGAUGAUAAAAAUAUAAAAAAAGCCAAAGUAGAUCAUUUUACGGUAACUCGUACAACCGUACCUACCGCAACGUCUCCUGAUACCAAAUAUCUUGGUGGUGGUUCUCCUAUCCAAAAAUAUCCCUUCUUUGGUAGUAUCCCUGCUCGGGAAUAUGAAAGAAAAUACCAAGCCAGUCAAGAAUCACGAUGCAAAUAUAGACAAAAUGUUAUUGAUAAUUCAAGAAAAGCUGAAUUCAUUCGGGUAAAACUUAUGUCAAAACUAACGAUAAUUACCGGUCCUAUGUUUGCGGGAAAAACUGAAGAGUUGCUGCGAAGAAUUAAUCGUUGUCAAAUUUCUAACAACAAAUACUUACUUUUCAAGCCUUCUUUGGAUAAUCGUUAUUCGUCAGCAGACGUGGUUUCGCACCAAAAAAAUAAAGCUCGGGCAAUCGUUCUCCAGAGUAGUAACGAAAUAGACAAAUAUGCUUCUCAGGAGAAAGAGCAAACGAUUUUUUUCUUUGAUGAAUUACAAUUUUUCGACGAAGGAAUUAGCGAAAAAAUUAAUUUCUUGUUGAAAAGGGGAUUCUUGGUUAUUGGUGCGGGGUUAGAUAAAAACUUUCGCGGCGAACCUUUUAAUGAAGUUAUGAAAUCUUUACUUUCCUUGGCUGAUGAAGUUAUUAAAUUAAAAGCCAUUUGUCAAGUGUGUCAAGGUGAAGCUAGUUAUACCCAAAGGAUAAUUUCUGGUCAACCCGCUGCUUUUGAUAGUCCUCUCGUUUUAAUAGGAGGUCAAGAAGGUUAUGAAGCUAGAUGCCGCCAAUGUUAUGCUUGUCCGAGAAGUUAA